AUGACUACUUAUAUGCCGGGAUAUUCAAAUACUGAAUCUACUUUUACAACAACAAGUGAUCCAAACGAAAACUACAGGAAGACACAAUCUCAUAUAUAUAGUUUACAAGAGACUAUAUUAGAUUCUACUAGAAGGGCUAAUUUAACUCCAAAAUCCGAUUCUCGAGGAAAUUCGGAGAGCUUACCAAAUAAUGAUAAUUCUGAUUCGACAUUAAAAGUAGAUAUGCAGAUACCUACAAUAGAUUCAUUACCAAUACUGAAUUAUACAACAGAUAAAUAUAAAAGAGAACCAGUAUUAAUUGGCGAAAUGGAUUAUGUGUCAAAUAAGAUGGGACAAUUUUUUAAAUAUCCAAAGGAUAUUCAAAUUGGUAAUAAGAUUGAUAAUUUAGGAUUGCCAUAUCCUUAUAAUUUUGAGAAGCAAUAUACUCCAGAUUGUUUCUUACCACCUUUCACUAGAACAAGUAUAAAUAAAUUAGUUAAGGUAAAAAUAAAUUCAGACGAAAUUACUAAAUUUCUUUCUGGAGACUCUAUAAGGUUACAAAAUAGAGAAAUUUGGGGGUCGGAUAUAUACACGGAUGAUUCAGACCCUUUAUUGGUUUUAAAACAUACAGGGUUUUUCGAAAAAUCAGAUACUAAAGAUGAUUCGAAUAUUGUACCGAAAAAGAGAACUCCUGCCAAUAUUCAUAAUCAGGACAAUGUUGUGGGCGGUAAGUUUAUUCCCUUUGAAACUAGCCUUGAGGUAACAAUUUUAAUUUUAGAUUGUUUAGAGAGUUAUAUAGGUUUGAAUAGAAAUGGUAUUGUUGCAAGAAGUUGGCUGGGUUCCGUUCCACAUGAUGGUUUAAGUUUCGGUAUUUAUGAAAUUAAAGUUAUACAUUCAAUGGAAAAAGUGGAUAUCAGUGCCUGGAAAAAAUAA